UUAACCACCUUUGCAAGUGCUCUGGCAGUGCUCAGUUCACGGUGAUUCAAAGCAUGAGACUGACUUAAUGGGGCGUAAUUUGGGAGCCUGCACACCUCAGCUCUGUAAGAAGAUGGGAAAUUCGUACGCCGGGCAGCUCAAGACAACACGCUUUGAAGAAGUGCUGCAUAAUUCUAUUGAGGCUUCUCUCCGGUCCAGUAAUGUAGUCCCCAGGCCAGUUUUUUCACAACUAUAUUUAGAAGCUGAACAGCAGCUUUCCUCUCUAGAAGCAGGCAAUAAAGUGGAUAAUGAGGAAGAGGAGGAGGAGGAAGAGGAAGCGGAGGAAAGUUCAGAAUCAAGUAGCCCCCCUAUCAUUUAUCAGAUGAAGCCGCCUCCUGAAGGCUGUUGUACUACUGAUGGUUUCUGUCAGGCUGGUAAAGACUUGAGGCUAGUAUCUGUUUCAAAUGAACAAAUUGAAGUGCCUUCAGGAUUUUUACUGGUUGGUGCCAAAUCGCCAAACUUACCUGAUCACCUUUUGGUGUGUGCCGUAGAUAAAAGAUUUUUGCCUGAUGACCAUGGACGCAAUGCUCUGCUAGGUUUCUCUGGCAAUUGUGUCGGCUGUGGCAAGAAAGGAUUCUGCUACUUUACUGAGUUUUCCAAUCACAUCAAUCUUAAGCUGACUACUCAGCCCAAGAAACAGAAACACUUAAAGUAUUAUCUGGUGAGGAAUGCACAGGGAACUCUUACCAAAGGAUCUGCAAUCUGCUGGAAGGGGGCAGAGUUCAGAAGCCAGCAGCCCUCAUCCAGCACUUGCUCCAACACAUUGUCCCAGCCUUCAGAGAAUACAGGCUCCUCAGGAACUGUCAUGGAGCCAGCUCUAGCCACACAUCCCAUAAUUCAAGCUGGGAUGCAUCCGAUGGCACCUGAUCACCUCCCAACGACAGCAUGCCUCCCUGUUUACAACGGCAAAGACUCUUCCCAGCAGCACUCAGUCAAAAGCAAUGUAUCUUCUGUGGCAAGACCAUCAGUAUUAGGCACCCUAACAAACCCAGGUCCUCCUAAAAAACGCCACAAAGGAUGGUCACCAGAGUCUCCGUCAUCCAAUGAAGCCUGGAAUUUGCAAGCCAAUCCACCGGUCACAAACAGAAAUAAAAAUGAUGGAGGAGGAGGAGGGGUGUCCUGUUUACCUCAUGCUGCCUUGGCAGGACCAGUGUCUUCUCCAGUGGUGGCCUCUGGAGAGCCAGUUUCAGUUCCUGACAACCUGCUUAAAAUAUAUAAAGCAAAGCCAGUCAUAUUUAAAGGGCAUGGAAACUUCCCUUAUCUUUGUGGGAACCUUAAUGAUGUCAUAGUAAGCCCUCUUUUGUCUACAUGUUAUAAGAAUGCACAGUCUCUCUCUAGAGCUUAUGAACAAUAUGGAGCCUCCGCGAUACAACCAAUUUCAGAGGAAAUGCAGCUGUUACUAACAGUCUAUUACCUCGUUCAACUUGCUUCAGACCAAGUGCCUUUGAUUGAGGACUUGGAACAGAUAUUCAUGCGUUCAUGGCGGGAGUCUCAUCUUUCUGAAAUUCGUCAGUAUCAACAGGCCAUUCCACAAGCUUUUCCUCAGGUUCCUGGUCCAAUUGCCCCAGUGACAUCAGCUCAGCUUCCUUGGCUAGCGGGAUUGGCAGCCAGUUCGUGUAAUGACAGUGUUCACAUCAUUGAGUGCAACUAUUCUUUAGCUGAGGGGAUCUCAGAAAUGUUUAAGAUGCUCAUUGAGGGAAAGCUAGUGAAGACUAACUAUGUGGUGAUCAUAUGCACUUGUAGAAACAGAACCAUUGAUUCUUGCAUUGCUGUAACAGGGAAAUACCAAGCAAGAAUACUGUCUGAAAGCAUGCUCAGUCCAGCGGAAUACCAGAAGGAAGUUAGUUAUGAACUAGUUACUGGGAAAGUAGAGGCUCUGGGAGCCUUCUUCAGUACUCUCUGCCCAGAUGGUGAUGUUGAUGUCUUGUUGGACAAAUUUUAUCAAGAAAAUAGAGCCCACAUUUCAUCAUCUCUUUCUGCUUUGGCAACUAAACCAACAGCAGCGGAUGUAACUGGAACAGCUGUGUGUACAAGUUAUAACCUGGAGCGGCAUCAGAUCCGCCCCUUCCAGCUUGCGGUGGCUCAGAAAUUGCUGUCCCAUGUUUGCUCCAUUGCAGACUCCAGUACUCAAAACCUUGACUUGGGCUCCUUUGAGAAAGUUGAUUUUCUGAUAUGUGUCCCUCCUUCAGAAGUGACGUACCAGCAAACCCUGUUCCACCUCUGGCAUUCAGGUGUUUUAUUAGAACUGGGCUUGGAGAAGGAGCAUCUUACAAAGCAGAGGGUUGAGCAAUAUGUAGUCAAACUCGAUGCAGAAGCCCAGACUAAGUUUAAGGCCUUUUUGCAAAACUCUAUGCAAAAUCCACACACUCUCUUUGUGUUGAUCCAUGACCAUGCUCACUGGGACCUCGUGAGUGCAGUCCACAGCCUUUAUCCUUCUCAGUCAGAUCCAGCCAUGGGUCUUGUGGACAGACUGCUAAACUGUAGGGAGGUGAAAGAAGCCCCAAAUAUUGUGACACUGCAUGUGACUUCCUUCCCCUAUGCCUUGCAAACGCAACACACCCGCAUCAGCCCUUAUAAUGAAAUCCACUGGCCUUCAUUAUACAACAAUGGCGCAGACUUGUAUCAUGAAAACAAGAAGUAUUAUGGAUUGUCUGAAUUUAUUGAUUCAACUCUUUCUGGACAUAGCCUUCCAUUGCUACGUUAUGACAGCUCUUUUGAAGCAAUGGUCAUGGCUUUGGGGAAAAGGUUUCCUAGGCUGCACAGUGCGGUGAUAAGGACUUUUGUGCUCGUUCAGCACUACUCUGCAGCCAUGAUGGCAGUAUGUGGCUUGUCCCAGAUGAAAAAUUACACAACAGUCGAAACUCUUGAAAUCACUCAGAAUCUCAUCAAUUCUUCACGGCAGUGCCCCAGCGGACAUGGGCUAAUGGUAGUGUUAAGGAUUCCAUGCAUACCUUUGGCAGCAGUCGCUUAUGAACGCCUCAACCAUGUGAGGGAAAGACUAGCCCUAGAAGACCAUUUUGAAAUCAUCUUGGGGAAUCCCAACUCUGGAAUCUCCAUAGGGAAGCACUUUCUGGAGCAACUCAAGAUCUGGCAGAAAAUUGAAGAUGCUGAAUGGAGACCUCAAACCUAUUUGGAACUGGAGGGACUACCUUGUAUAUUGAUUUUUAGUGGAAUGGACCCCCAAGGAGAGUCCCUCCCAAGGUCCUUGAGAUACUGUGACCUACGCUUGAUAAAUUCCUCUUGCUUGGUGAGAACAGCCUUGGAGCAAGAACUUGGCUUAGCAGCCUAUUUUGUGAGUUCUGAAAUCCCUGUGGAGAAAGCAGUAGCAGUGAAUGAUGUCCUGGAGAGUGACCCAGAGAAGCUAAGCAGUACUGAUAAUGAAGAUGAAGAAACCGUAACAGAAGGUUCUGCUUCAGAAAACAGAAGCCCUGUCAAAAGAGAAAGGUCAGGCUCACAUGAUUCGGCAGCUUCCUCCACCUCUUCUAAAACGUCAAGCACAGCAUUCUGCAGUGAAACAUCUCCUCCUAUGGUAACUGCGGGGGAGGUAGGAAAGUCACCCCAUCAGGUACUCAGCAGCAGCACUGAAGAGAGUGUGAAUAAGACUGAAAGGCAAAGGCUGAAAGUGGACAAAGACUCAAAGCUGAGUGCUAAAACUACUCAGGCUUCCAUCACGUCAUCAUCACCAUCCCCUUUCUCAUCUUCCUGCCCCUCUUCAGCACCUACCCACAGCUCUUUUGUCCUGCAGGCAUCUCAGUGCUCCAUGACCAAAGCGUCCCAGCAACCUCCCAUAGUUUACCUGCCUAAACUGGUGUAUGACAUUGUUACCUCUGCAGAUAGCACAGGGCUUCCUAAGUCAUCGUCCCUCUUGCCUUACCAUUCAGUGCUGUGGGCAAGUUCUUUCCGCCCCCUCAUGAGUAAAAUGAUGACCUGCACAGAGCAGUCUCUGUAUUACCGCCAGUGGACUGUCCCCAAACCAAUCCAUAUGGACUACAAUAAUAGGAAUGAAGGCAGGAUGGACACCUUUCAUCCAAGGAGGCUUCUGCUGAGUGGACCACCACAGAUAGGAAAAACCGGUGCCUAUCUACAGUUCCUCAGUAUCUUAUCUAGAAUGCUGAUUCGGUUGACGGAAGUAGAUGUAUAUGAUGAAGAGGAGAUCAACACUGAUCUUAAAGAAGAAACAGAGCAAUAUCGUCACCAGCCAGGGGAUGCAUGGCCUGAUCUAGAAACAUUCAGAAAAAUGCCUUUUGACUACAUUAUCCAUGAUCCAAAAUACGAAGAUGCAAGUCUCGUUUGUUCAAGAGUCCAGAAAACAAGCUGUGGAGAUAGAUCAGCAAACAGAAAACAAGAGGACUUGUAUAUGCGCCGUCAGACAACACGGAUGAGAUUAUCCAAAUAUGCUGCUUACAACACUUACCAUCACUGUGAGCAAUGUCAUCAGUAUAUGGGCUUUAACCCCAGGUACCAGCUUUAUGAAUCCACUUUGCACGCUUUUGCCUUUUCCUAUUCUAUGCUUGGAGAGGAGAUUCAACUUCACUUCAUCAUCCCCAAGUCUAAGGAACACCACUUUGUCUUUAGUCAUCCAGGAAGGCAGCUGGAGAGUAUGAGACUGCCUCUGGUCACCGAUAAGAGCCAAGAUUACAUAAAAAGCCCUACUUUUACUCCCACAACUGGUCGUCACGAACAUGGACUUUUUAACCUCUACCAUGCAAUGGACGGGGCCAACCAUUUGCAUGUCCUAGUCGUCAAAGAAUAUGAAAUGGCAAUAUAUAAAAAAUACUGGCCCAAUCACAUCAUGCUUGUUUUGCCAAGUAUUUUCAACAGUGCUGGAGUGGGUGCUGCUCAUUUCCUAAUAAAAGAACUGUCUUACCAUAAUCUGGAGCUUGAACGAAAUCGACAAGAGGAACUAGGCAUUAAGCCCCAAGAUAUCUGGCCUUUCAUCGUCAUUUCUGAUGACUCCUGUGUCAUGUGGAACACCAUAGAAAUCGAUUGUUCAGGUGACAGAAAAAGUGAAUACACAUGGACUGAAAGGAAUAUUUCCCUGAAGCAAAUUCUGCAGCAUAUUGAAACAACUCCUAAUAUCACCCACUAUGCCUUGAUUGGGAUGAGGAAGUGGUCAAGUAAAACCAAGAGUGGAGAAAUCAAGGAGCCAUUCUCUUGUUGCCAUGUUCAUGACUUUGUCAUGCUGAACGUAGACUUGACACAGAACGUUCAGUAUAACCAGAAUAGGUUUAUGUGUGAUGAUGUGGACUUCAACCUGCGUGCCCACAGUGCAGGCCUACUGAUCUGUCGGUUCAACCGAUUCAGCGUCAUGAAAAAGCAAAUUGCAGUGGGUGGACAAAGGUCUUUUCAUAUUAAGUCAAAGGUGUCUGAUAAUCCAGUUUCUAUUGCUCCAGCUCAAUACAUAUGUGCCCCUGACAGCAAGCACACAUUCUUGGCUGCUCCUGCUCAGUUGCUGCUUGAAAAAUACCUCCAGUAUCACAGCCAUCGCUUCUUCCCUCUUUCACUGAAGAACUAUAGCCAUCCAGUGCUAUCUGUGGACUGUUACCUUAAUUUAGGAUCACAGAUUGCAGUUUGCUAUGUCAGCUCCCGACCUCAUUCUCUGAACAUUAGCUGCUCUGACAUGAUAUUCAGCGGACUCCUGCUGUACCUCUGUGAUUCCUUUGUUGUAGCCAGCUUCUUGAAGAAGUUCCAUUUUCUGAAAGGUGCCACUUUAUGUGUCAUUUGCCAAGACAGGAACUCGUUACGCCAGACUGUUGUCCGACUGGAACUGGAAGAUGAGUGGCAGUUCCGGCUAAGAGAUGAGUUUCAAACAGCCAAUGCCAAAGAAGACAAGCCCCUCUUCUUUCUGACAGGACGACAUAUUUGAUGGGAAAUGAUCAGAAAUGUUAAUGUGAUAUAGGAAGCUGGCUUCUCUCUGACCAAAUAAUAUGAGUUGCCAAAAAGAGAAAAAAAGAACUGAACUGUUCACACAAAGUUCUCCAGAAGAGCAGUCAUGUAGGGGCAAAAUGUAGACAAUGUUGAAAUAUUUGUAUUAAUAUUAUAUUUUAUUUGACCAAUUUAUGUUUAUAAUUCCAAAUUUUGUUAGUAACCUUUUGUAAUUUAAUGGGCUUGAGAAAAUAACUCUUGCUGUAUUGGGGGACAGAGAGGAACAGAGCUACUGCAUACAAUGCUCAAACUUUUUUCCUUCUUUGUUAUUGUUGUAUAUAUUAUACAAAUUGUUUCAGAACCAAACUGUUGUGAAAUAUGAAAUUUAAAGAAGUAGAUUCCCUCCCGAGUUUUUUUGUUAAACUAGAUGCAAGUAUAUAAAGAAAUGUUACAUUCUUAAUGAAUUGCUACUGUUUAGCAAAUACAGCAAUGUGGAGCUGUUUUGUGCAGAGUGCUAAAGGCAAAAUUAUCUGGAAUGUUCUCCAGUGCAAACUCCACAGAAAUGAAUGGGAUGUGUGCAAGAGCAUUAAUUUCAUGGGGGGGGUGUACGCAGCAGAACAUCCCAAUGGAUCAUGCCUUAUAUUCCUAUUACAAUGAAAACUGACUUUCCAUCUUAACCUCAAAACUGCUGGCUGUUCUGCAUAAUUUUUCAGAUACAGACAUUUUGUAAGAUGUAGAAAUGUAUUAUAGUGACCUUUUUGAUUUGUUGAGAUUAUUGAAAGUGGACAGUUGGAGUUUUUAAGUCUAAACAUUUCUGUAGCUAGGAAGGAGCCUAAGGAAUUGGCGAUUAGUUAAAGCAAGGGUGAAUAGCUACAAAUUGUUUUUAAAAACAGGCGGUUUGUUGUACUGGACAUCCUAGGUUUGUACA